AUGCGACCUCUGGACGUGUUGCUGAAUGGGUUGCGCGGGCUGUGUACCGCCAUUAAGGAAACACCCCUCUUCAUAUGGGUGUACCUUUCUAUACUGGGCGUGGUGGCUCGGAAGCUGACGUACCGUUUUGGUCUUACGACUAAAAGCAAAAAGAUAGGAAAACACGUCAUCCGCGUUACGGAUGCGGAAGAAACCCUUUCAGAGGAUGUAAUGGACGUGGAAGAAAUUAAUGCGACAUUUGACGACGUGGGGGGUCUGGAAGAUGUGAAAAAGGCACUAAUUGAACACGUGAAGUGGCCGUUUACCCGCCCGGAACUAUUUGAGGGAAACACGCUGAGGUCGCAUCCCAAGGGAAUCCUUCUCUACGGUCCGCCAGGGACGGGAAAGACUCUCAUUGCUCGCGCUUUGGCCAGGGAACUUGGUUGUGCAUUUAUUAACGUGAGGACUGAAUCUCUUUUCUCUAAAUGGGUUGGAGACACGGAAAAAAAUGCUGCGGCCGUAUUCACGCUUGCAGCCAAGCUGUCUCCUUGCGUGAUUUUCGUCGACGAGAUAGAUGCCCUUCUUGGGUUAAGAAAUUCUGUGGAUGCCGCCCCGCAUAACAACGCGAAGACAAUUUUCAUGACACACUGGGACGGUGUAGUCCAGAAAAAGUCAAAGAUUGUUGUCAUAGGGGCAACGAACCGGCCUUUGGCUAUUGAUGAAGCCAUACGUAGGCGACUGCCGCUCCAGCUGGAGGUACCACCACCGGAUAUUACUGGGCGGAGGAAGAUCUUAAAUAUUCUGAUGGAACAUGAUGUGGCGGACGAGUCGAACCGUAGCCGACUCGUGGACUAUGUCGCGUCGAAGACAUUUGGGUACACCGGGUCUGAUUUAACUGAACUGUGCAAAGCCGCCGCAUUAAUGCCUAUCCGGGAAAUAGGCUGCGACAACGAACUACCCUGCUUGGAAUGUCGCCACUUUGACGAGGCCCUCAAGCGGGUCCGGCCUUCGAUGGCAUCAAGCGUUUGA